AUGUUAUUUGCUCUUUUUUUCAUUGAAAGACUUGAGUUCAUUUGUAGUAGUACAAAUUCAAAUGUGACUUGCAUUGCGACUGAGCGAGAAGCUCUUAUGAAAAUCAAAGGAAAUCUCAUAGAUGACGCAAACCGUUUAUCCUCGUGGGUUGGAAAGAACUGUUGCACAUGGAAGGGAGUUGGUUGUAGCCACAAAACAGACCAUAUUGUGAAGCUUGAUCUGCGUAAUCCAAUUCCUACAGCGGUUGGAACACUAUUGAGUGGUCAGCUAAGUCCUUCCUUACUCAAUUUAAAUCAUUUGCAUUACCUAGACUUGAGCAUGAACAAUAUGCAAAUUUCUAUUUCCUUAGGAUAUUUGAAAAGCUUGAGAUACCUUGACCUCUCUUGGUCAAUUUUCGAUGCAACGAUUCCUCAUAAUCUGGGAAAUCUUUCAAGGUUGCAGUAUCUCAACCUUAGCAAUAGUGGUUUAAGUAGUCCAAUUCCUGUGACACUUGGAAGGUUGACCUCUCUCACAGUCCUUGACCUUUCAAGUAACUACUUCAAUGAUUCAAUGUUGUAUUCUUUGUGUAACCUGAGCAGUCUUGUCCAUAUAGAUCUUAGUGAUACUAGCCUGAGAGGUGCAAUCCCCCAUUGCCUUGGGAAUCUUGCUUCUCUUUCCAUCCUCAGGUUGAGUGCAAAUUAUCUUCAAGGUCCAAUUCUAAGUGAGAUGGGAAAUAUGACACAACUUACAGAGCUUGACCUCUCUUUGAAUGCGUUUGAAGGUGAAAUACCAAACUCCAUGAGGAACCUCUGUAACUUGUGUGUAUUGGAUUUGCCCGAUAACAAAUUCACUAGAAAGCUUUCAACUUCUGUUGGAAGUCCAUUUGGUUGCAUCCAUAAUAGUUUGGAAGAUUUGUCUCUUUCUUCAAAUGAGUUGAGUGGUGGUCUGCCAAAUCAUUUGGGAGAGUUUAAGAAUCUAGAGAGGCUUGUUAUUGGAUGGAAUUCAUUUUAUGGUCCGCUGCCAUCAUCACUCAGAACACUAUCAUAUUUGAGAGUGUUAGAUGCUGGAUAUAAUCAAUUGAAUGGGAGCAUUGCAAUUAGUCUUGGACAACUUUCAAAACUAGAAUAUCUAGAUUUGUCAAAUAAUUCAUUUGUUGGCACCGUAUGUGAACUUCACUUUGCCAAACUCAAAAGUUUAUAUGAAUUGUGCUUGCAUUCAAAUUCAUUAGUUUUGAAUGUGACCUCCCAAUGGGUUCCUCCCUUUCAGCUCCAAGUCAUAAAAUUGUCAUUCAUCAAAGUAGGACCCCAAUUUCCUCAAUGGCUCGAAACACAAAAAAAUGUUGUAGAGUUAGACAUGUCUUAUGCAAGCAUCUCAGAUGUCAUUCCUGAUUGGUUUGAGAGUAUUUAUUGUGGCACUAUAUACUUGGAUCUUUCCAACAACCAGAUAAAAGGAAAGGUGCCAAUAUCUCAAAAAUGUAAAUAUAGAUAUAGUGCUGGUGAUGAAGAGGUACUAUUGAGUUCUAACAGAUUUGAGGGUCCACUAACCCUUACUUCAGAUUUUUAUGUCUUAGAUCUCUCCAACAACUUGCUUUCAGGACCUAUUAUCAUCCGAUGA